CAGGGUCUGCUCAUUCUCCAAUGUUUGUAAUCAUUGCGAAAUGCUAACUUGAGGCCAGACCGCAACGAGGCACCGUGGCCGACCGUAUUCGGGCGUUCCAGGACAUCGGAUUCGAACGCAGCGCCCCGAAACUGAACUCUCAGCGCCGUGUUCUGACACAGGCAACGGACUUCGGUGUCCUCUCAGGUCACGGCCAACGGCAAGAUCAAAACUUUGCAUCUCCGGCCGGCAGGGCGGCAAGAGAUGGAAAAGAAGGGUUCAGAGGGGAUGGCCGUCCUCCCGUAGGAUCCAUUUUCUACAAGAGGACACCUUUUGCCGCAGAGACUGGCGAUGGAGAUGAAGGCCCAAAAGCCGCCCCGACUCGUCCUGUCACCAGCAUGGAAUGUCCCCCUCAUGAACAAAUCCUUUCCCGACGACCAACUGAAGAGACUGACUUGCCUUCACUUCAUCGGAAAUACCGUUCAAUGGAGAACGUGGCCGACCCUACUGGGGAAAUAGCAGCGGCGAGGUCACGGCUGCGAUCAGUAGCUGACAAGGGUCUUGUGGCGAGAAGCUCAAAGAUGCAGAGGGUAGAUACACUGGAGGAAUUAGGACUCAUGCUGGAUGAUGCGAUUGAGGACCAGUCGUUCAUGCCCGGAGCCUUUUCUGGAGAAGUCAGCGAUGAGACCCCGUCCAGGCGCAGUCUAGAGCUGCCGCCACACAUCAGCCAAACAACUCGUCGGCAGUCACAAUCACGCGGCCACAAAUCCCUACGAAGCACAGAAACUGCUAUGCCACGGAGCAGCGAAGAGUCAGUCCGAGUCAACUACGAGGAAAGGUCGACUUCGCAAAGAUCGAGUCAAGAAGGCCGCUACGGUGACAACCAUGAUGAGGAAACUCUUGGGCCAAACAGCAGACCGAGCCCAUUGCGUCAGGGUUCUGAUGCCGCCGCCUCUCACCAGCUAAGCCCUGUGAAGCAGAGAGCAGCCAUGUUUGAGAGCUUCGUCCCGAAGCCUUCCCAGCAUGAACAGGCUUCUCGGCGUCUUCCACGAGCGAAGGAUGACACUCUUACUGGGAAGGAGACGAACACGGUUGCAAGAAUCAAAUUCGCAGGAGCCAUUGAGGAAAGACCAGGCACUCCCUUGAUACCAUUGACCCUUCCGGCCAUGGUUAGCGCGGAACAAAAGUCGAGCAAGAGUUCUCCGCCCGCGGCAGAAGAGCUCACUCCGAAAGAGCCGCCGUCCACUGAUGAAAAGGCUGCGGACGAAGUAUUCCAUCAGAGAAAGCCGUCGAUUGGUUGGCCCUUCAAGUGGAGUCUCUUCAAUAAAUCUCCUUCCGCCCCUGUUCAAGAGGCAGAAUCUGGCCCAGCGACUGUCCAAGCAAAGAAUGAUUCCCUCCCACCGAAAAAGUCGAACGCAGUACAAAGCAGAGUACAGGACUUGCUCCAGGCUGCCAAUGAAAAAGAUGAUGCUGAAAAACGCCGAAGACAUGCAGAAAGGGAACGACUUAUUCGACGAGAAAUCCGUGCUCGUCCAGUCGUCAUGGAGGCGCAACUGAUAGAGGACCAUGUGGAUCUUCAAGGAUUGAAACCUACAAAUCUGCCGCCACUUCAAGUUCCCAUCAGCGAAGAAGUAGAAGGGAUAAUGCCUGAUACGAAGGCCAAUGACGCCCCGUCAGAACCCAGAACCCCACUCCAGCGCGCCAUGACAGAGAAACAAGUGUUUGCUCCUGCUGAGAAGCUGGAAUCCUUGAAUAAGCGGAGUCCCAGCCCUGCGCGACCCGACCCGCGAACUCCGGCGAGAGGCAGAUCGAGAAGGUCGACUCACCGGCUUUCCACGGGCGAACAACGUACAGUCGAACAGCGGUUCAAUCUCAGUCCUGGUUCCAGUCGAAGCAGGUCGAAAAAUGGUGGGGCCGGUCUCAAAGUCGAGGUUGAGGUUCGUGACAGUCCAGAGAGAGAGGCUAGGGAAAAAGGUGAAAAGAUUGUCAUUAUCAGAGCCAAUGUGGAAGCUGUGGACAACGGCGAAUGAGUUGAGAUGGGGUGGAGACUUACGGGCAUAAAAGCAUUGCAUGGCUUCAAGAUAGGUGGUCGCAGGAUGGGUCAGUAGUACAGAGGGUGGCAUUGCGUUCGAAGAUGGUCUGGGGGUGUUUAAGAGAAGCAAGUACAUAACCAACGGAACACAGCACGUAUGGAUUGUUUGCAUACCAACAUGGAUCUGGCCUUGCAAGCACAUGAGAAUGAAAUCGAGACAUGCUAGACGUGGCGAUUCGAGAUCAGA